AUGUACUCUUCCGGGUACGACCAGACGACGUCGCGGUCGCCCAUUGCCCAACGAAACCAGCCUCAGACGGGCUCUUUGCAUCGCAUGCCUUCCCGCCAGUUCGACGCCUACGGCCAAGUGGCCCAGUCCAACAUGUACCAGCAGGAUGAACACCAGCGCUCCUACGACCAGCCGCGUACCUAUGAGCGCCUGAACCAAACCAUGCACGCCGGCGCCUACGGCUACGACAUGGGCGCGCCCCAGGGCUGGAACAACACUGUCUUCUCCCAGAACGGCGGCCUGGGCUCGCUCGGAGGCGGUGCCGCUCGCAUCAAGUCGCAGCAGCGCGGCGGAGCAGGCCGCAGUGCGCUGCCAACGGGAUGGAUGGACCAGCAGCAGCCCCAGGGUCUGCCUAGCUUCGCCCUCAGCAACAACAACCUCAACGCCAUGCAGAACACCAGCUACGGCCACGAUGUCGACGAGGAACUCAUCCCCACCGCCAUCGUCAUCAAGAAUAUUCCCUUUGCCGUCAAGAAGGAGCAGCUCGUAAACCUCAUGACCGAACUGCGCCUACCCCUGCCUUACGCCUUCAACUAUCACUUUGACAAUGGUGUGUUUCGUGGCUUGGCUUUUGCCAACUUCACAACCGCCGAGGAGACGGCAGCUGUCAUCGAGUCGAUGAACCACUUUGAACUCAACGGCAGGAAGCUGCGCGUCGAGUACAAGAAAAUGCUGCCGCUGGCCGAACGCGAGCGCAUUGAACGUGAAAAGCGUGAGCGUCGCGGACAGCUCGAGGAGCAACACCGUCCUCUCGGUGGCGGUCUCCAGUCACAGUCUUCCUUCACCUCCCUUGCAUCGCACAUGCCCGCUACUUCACCCUCGCCUGUGUCCGCCAUGCGAGGAAGCAGUGCACCCAAGACAGUUGACGUCGACCUCAACGACCCCCAGGUGCUCAGUUUUUACACCCAGUUGCUGCUCUUCAAGGAAACCAAGGAUCGCGAUAGCAUGACAUUCCCUUCAACGUUGACCCCUAUUAUGCGCCGCACCAUCCAUACACUGGCUCACCAGCUCGGUCUUGCCCAUAUUUCAAAGGGCACUGGCGAUCAGCGACAGGUGCAUAUCUUCAAGGUAUAUGACAACCAGGGGCUCAGUCCACCAAUGCCUCAGAUGCCCAGCAACCAGAUGGAGCAACCACGCCGAAACCUUAAUCGCGCAGCGACCACUGAUUUCAGUGACGUCCGCGCCGAGGGUGGAUUUUAUAACGCCUUCAAUCGCCAGCCAUCGGGCCUUCUCGGAUUCCCUGAUUCGCCUGGCGGGCUCAACGCAGUCCCAAAUCUUCGCGGUGCCAAGUCUUACGCCGAUCUUAGAUCUUACACACCUUCACCCGCACCAUCGACGGCCAGCCAUCCUAUUGGCCGUCCUGGUGGCAUCUCCCUUGAAGGUCUCGGUUACAGUGGAAGCUCGACGAACCCGAAUGGCACCCCAACGACAGGCUCCAUGUCCCAACGUGAUGAUGGCCUGCUCGAGAGGGAAAUGAAUCGGAUGCAACUAAACUCUAGCUACCCGCAAAACGGCAGCCCGCGCUCCCUGCGUCAGAUGACAUCUUGGGAUGCACCCGGCCCUAUUGGCGGCCACCGUACUUUUAGUACCAACUACGACGACCGUCCAUCGAGACAGCCUCGUGGACCUCUCCCCGAGCGAGGACAGGGCUUUAGCCGCCCGCGACAGAACGGGCAUCAAAACCGUGGAAGCGACGAGCUAUCAUCACAAUCCAAUGUCGAAAUUCUUGUAGGACAGUAGCGAAAUCUCAGCUCUACGCACGAAAUGAAGUCGUCACACGUAUCAUCCCUCCUUCAAAAGAGACGUGCGAUGGCGCCCAUGAACGACACCGAUGACGAACGUUUAACGGCCUAUACCACCAACUUGGCCUCGCUACUUACACUGGAUUGACUUUACGAUGCAUACGAAGAGAAUGAUGCUACGAUGGUAGAGAGACUACAUCCAGAACUAAAUUGGGCCCGCGCCCCUCGAAUCUCGCAUUUCACCUUUGGAUACAGUAAAAAAAGCAUUUAUGAACAUAUGGGAUAUGUUGUUUCAGAAAUUAUAUUGGGUCGUACGGGCCACACAGACGAUGUUGUAGUACAGAUAUUUCAGUUUUGCGGGAGCGGUCGCAUUCGGCACUGGGUUGGACGGUCGGUCGGACGUGUAGGUUUCCUGUUCUUUUUAGUUGAUUUACUCUCCUUUCCACUUGGAUAUUACUAUAGUUUAGGACGUUGCUGUGUGCCUGGCGCGGCAGUACGAUAAUGGUAGUUGAAUUGC